AUGGAGUCUCUUAUUAAUUGGUGUGACUCUAAGAAUAAAGACAAGCGAUCGCCAAAUAAACCGAGUAUUAAAAAUACGGAAACCACUUAUUCAGAGCCUCAACAGAAAGCGGUCUCCAAAGCGAAUGCAAUUCAAAUCAAGAACGAUAUUCCCAACCAAUUCUGGCAUUUCAUUGAACCCUAUUCUUGUGAAAUCACUUCAGAACACAUCAAAGGUUUAGAACCAUUUGUAAUAUCACUGAAAUGGGACGACAAUGAGAUCAUUGAUCAAAAGGACAAAAAGAAAGGUUUAUGCGCUUCCAAUUCCGGCGGUCGCUCUUCGAUCAUACACUCCAACAACAAAACUAAAAAGGGAUCCAAAAAUCAGACUGAUGCCGACAAGACAUCGUAUGGCGCUCUCACUCAACGGCUGGUCUCAUGUCUUAUAGAAGAGAAUCUGUUAAACGGAGGUUUGAUUGACUCGAAAUCCAUGUCAAACGACAACAACAACCUGAAGGGUGCGUCCAAUGGGAGUCCGAACCAUAAAGUGUUCAAAUCUCUAGAUCUCGGAAACACGACUCAACUCGAGAGACGUAUUCGCAAAGAACUGGAAGAACACCGAAUCAUAAGUUUGGACGACAUUCUCAACGGUUCGGACACUAGUGGUGGCGACGACGACGAGAUCGUUCAGGAACUCAAACGAUGUCAACAGGAGUUGAAGAGUUUGAGCGAUAAAAAUCAAACACAACUCAAACGACUGGUGAGUUCUGCCAAAAAAGAGAUGACUCGUCAGGAAGUGUCCAAAAAGUUGGAAACCGCCGACUCGGAGGUCAUUGAAGCCUAUCGUCGUAUUGUUUCGGCCAAACAGAAGAAACGGUCGCCAACUAAGAAGGAAAAGGAGAGCGCAUCCAAAGCCAUCAAAGACAGGGAACAGAUUCUCAAACAAUUACUAUGUAUUUCAUAGUAUUUUUUAUGCAUUCAUUUCAUUAUUUAUAUAAAUAGCAAAAUAUUUCAUAUUUAGCAUUCAUUUCCAUACGUUAUUAUCAGUUAUCGAAAUAAUAUGUAAUUUUUAUAUAUUUGGAAUAAAAGUGGGAAAAAAUCUAAACAUGAGAUAAA